AGCCAGAACGAAACCCUAGAAAAAAAUCUCGCCAUGGGAAAGGUCAAAGGAAAGCAUCGUUUGGAUACGUACUAUCGUCUAGCUAAGGAGAGUGGACUCCGUUCUCGAGCUUCUUACAAGCUUCUCCAGCUUGACGCCAAGUUCAAUUUUCUCCAUUCUUCAAGAACCGUUCUCGAUCUUUGCGCUGCACCCGGUGGUUGGAUGCAAGUCGCCGUCCAGAAAGUUCCCGUCGGCAGCCUCGUUCUCGGUAUCGAUCUUGUUAAGAUUGCCCCCGUGCGUGGCUGUGUCACUAUCCAGCAGGAUAUCACGCGAACUACCGAGUGCAAGGCCAAGAUCAAGCAAGCGCUGAAGAAGCAUGGUACUGAUAAAACUUUCGAUCUAGUUCUACACGAUGGAUCUCCUAAUGUUGGUGGUGCAUGGUCGCAAGAAGCUAUGAGCCAGAACGCUUUGGUUAUUGAUUCCUUGAAACUAGCCACAGAGUUCUUAGCUCCUCAUGGAAACUUCAUCACCAAGAUUUUCAGGUCUCGUGAUUAUGACUCUGUGGUCUACUGUCUUGGCGAGCUGUUUGAAAAUGUUGAAGUGUUUAAGCCGAUGGCUAGUCGUUCAACAUCUGCAGAAACAUAUCUUUUGGGUUUGAAUUACAAAGCUCCUGAUAAGAUUAGUCCUAAUCUUCUUGAUUAUAGACAACUCUUUAAGGUGGUAGCAGAACCUACAAAAAAGGUGAAGGAUGUGCUUGGCGGAUCAAAACAGAAGAGAAACCGUGCUGGGUAUGAAGAUGGAGAGUCCAUUUUGAGAAAAGUUGCAUCUGCUGCUGAUUUCAUUUGGUCUGAAAAUCCUCUUGAGAUUCUUGGCACAGUUACUUGUAUAUCUUUUGAUGAUCAAGCCUCUCUACCUUUAAAGGAACAUGAUUUGACUACAGAGGAGGUUAAAACACUAUGCGACGAUCUUCCUGUUUUGGGGAAGAAUGACUUCAAGCAUAUCCUAAAAUGGAGAAUGCAAAUCAGGAAAGCUCUGUCUCCUGAAAAAAAGGAAGAAACUAAAAAGGAGCUUGAUGUGGGAAAGGAAGAUGAGGAAGAUGAGGAAAAUGAGGAUGAUAAACUACUCAAUGAAUUGGAAGAGCUGACAAACACUGUGGACCGCAAGAAGAAACGGGCGAAGAAGCUUCUUGCUAAACGACGGGCUAAGGAUAAGACGCGGAAAGCAAUUGGUCCACAGAUAGGUGCACUUGAAGAUGGUUAUGUAGACCAUGAAUUGUUUUCUCUUUCUGUUAUGAAGGGAAAGAAAGAUCUAAUGACAGUUGACAAUGAUGAAGAUGAUAAUGAUAAUGGCAACGUCGAUGACAGUGACAAUGACGAGGGAGCUUCAGAUGAUUCCCAAGACACUGUCAUAGAUUCUGAUGAAGAACGUCAAAGAUACAAUGAACUAAUGGAAGAGAUUUUUGAUGAGGCAUAUGACCAGUAUAUGGUGAAGAAAGAAGGAAGCGCAAAGCAAAGGAAGCGGGUUAGGCAUGCCCACGCUGAAAAGCUGGAGGACUGUGAUGUAGAUGAAGCAAUGAAACUCGAUUACGAUUCAGAUAUGUAUGAAGAGACGGAUGAGGCGAAUCCGCUUGUGGUACCACUUGAUGAUGGAGAGGCCCUAACAAAGGAGGAAAUAUCCAACCAGUGGUUUAGUAAGGAUAUAUUUGCAGAAGCUGUGGAAGAAGGAGACUUGGGAAAAGAUGAUUACAGUGAGAAACAGAGCAAAGUUCUGUCUAAACCUGACAAGUUAAAGCAGAAGGUGUUGUUUGACUUUGAUCAGAGCUUGCCAAAUAGCUCUAAGAAGGAAGCCGAGUUCGAGAUAGUCUCUGCCCCAACCACGGAUUCAGACUCUGAUGAUGACAUUCAUACAAAAGCCGAGAUAUUGGCCUGUGCCAAGAAAAUGCUAAGGAAGAAGCAGAGAGAAAAGAUGCUUAAUGGUGAUGCUUAUAACAAAUACAUGUUUGAGGACGAAGGUUUACCCAAGUGGUUUUUGGAUGACGAAAAGCAACACAGACGGCCGAUGAAACCCGUGACAAAAGAAGAAGUUAAUGCAAUGAAAGCUCAGUUCAAAGAAAUCAAUGCUCGUCCAGCCAAGAAAGUGGCUGAGGCCAAGGCACGGAAGAAGCGAGCUGCUAUGAAAAGAUUGGAGAAAGUGAAGAAGAAGGCAAACACAAUAUCUGACACAGCGGAUAUAUCAAACCGUUCAAAGGACAAGAUGAUAGAUAAGCUAUAUAAGAAAGCAGCAGAGCCAAGGAAGCCUAGGAAAGAACUGGUUGUGUCUAAGAAAGGAGUUGGGGUUAAGGUUGGGAAAGGUCAGAAGAGAGUGGAUAGGAGGAUGAAGAGUGAUGCUAGGAAGCGCGGAGGAGGCAAGCCCGGUAGGAACGGGAAGAAGAGUGCUUGCCACUGGUAAAAUCUGGCCAGAAAGGAAACAAAACCAAGGGGAAAAAGAAAAUUAGUAGACUUAA